UGGUUUCUACAACUGAGUUACCACCAAGAAAUAUUUCGCUUGAUAAUGUUUUAACUUAUCCGAAUAUUUCCAAAGGCAAAGAUGGAGAUGUUAUCAAAGUUUUGAUUGAGUCACGAUGGCUUACAAUCACCAAUGCAGCAGGGAAAAAUGCGUGGGGAACAGAUAUUUACACUUCUGAUUCAGACCUUGUAAAAGCUGUAGCUCAUUCAGAGAAAAUAAAAAUAACCGAUAAACCGCCUCAGCAUAAUAUAAUUGUAACCAUACGUUUCCUACCGGGACAACUUAGCUAUAACGGUUCAACCCGUCAGGGAAUAAUUACAAAUAAUUAUGGUUCUUGGGGAUUAAGUUACCCUAUUGAAGAUGUUAAAACUAUUCCUCUUACAUUAAAAAGAGAUUUCUCUUUUACUUAUCCGAAUAUUUCCAAAGGUAAAAUUGAAGAUGUUAUCAAGAUCUUGAUUGAGUCACAAUGGCUUACGACCACUCAUGUAACGACAAAAAAUGCGUGGGGAACUGAUAUUUAUACUGACGAUUCAGAUCUCGUAAAAGAUUUAACCGAUGUACCGCCUCAAUAUGAUAUAAUUGCAACUAUACGUUUCCUACCAGGACAAUCUAGCUAUAAUGGUUCAACUCGUCAGAAAAUUACUACAAAUAGUUAUGGCUCUUGGGGAUUAAGCUACUCUAUUGAAG